UCAGAGAGCGCUCUUACGCACCUUCGACAUUUGGCGUCUGGCGGUUGCGCGCACAUCCACGGGCUUGUGGCAGCUUCAACAAACUCAGUUGCGAGCUGAACCAUGUCAUUGAGCCCCAAACAUUCAACUCCUUUCUCAGUGACCGAUAUUUUGAGCCCGAUCGAGGAGACCUUUAAGAAGUUUGCAGCCAUGGAGAGCACCGCGAGCCUGGCGUCUCCUCUCUACAGACAGACUCAGGUGUCUCAAGCAAACCUGCAGCAGCACAACAUGAGCCAUAACGCCUAUCACAUGCCUCACUCUCAGUACACGGCAAUGGGAGGCUACUGCAACGGUACUAUUGGCACUAUGGGAGACCUGCCUUCGUACCAGGAGAGCGUAAGGAACGGUGCAACGGCGACGGCGUGGUACGGCUCGAACCCGGAGCCAAGAUAUCCAACAAUUUCCAGAUUUAUGGGCCACUCGGCAGGCAUGAACAUGGGAACAAUACCGGGCAUGGAUGUGACUAAAUCUAUGGUGACUUUGCACGCCGCGCCCCGAAGGAAACGGCGCGUCCUCUUCUCCCAAGCGCAGGUGUACGAACUGGAGCGGCGAUUUAAGCAGCAGAAAUAUCUGUCUGCUCCGGAGAGGGAACAUUUGGCCAGCAUGAUUCACCUGACACCGACCCAGGUGAAGAUCUGGUUCCAGAACCACAGGUACAAAAUGAAACGCCAGGCGAAGGACAAAGCUUCCCAGCAGCCGGACAGCGGGAACCUUUGCGCGCAACAGUCGCCGAGGCGCGUCGCGGUGCCCGUGUUGGUUAAAGACGGUAAACCGUGUCAGAACGGUUCCAAUACGCCGACGCCGGUCCACCAGCAAGUCCACGAGACUUUAGCUUCACCCGAGGACCUGGAAGAAAUGUCCCCGAGUCCUCCUCUCAUGAACGGCCUCUCUCAGACUGACGCUGCGCUCAUGGAGUACACCAGCAACAUGGUGAGCUCCAACCUGCUGUACGGCCGAACAUGGUGAUAUUGCUGAACUUCACGCUUGAUUUCUACAAAGACACUGUUUUUUUUAAUCGUUUUGAAACAGCACUCGUCUGAUGCAAGGGUCUUGCCCUCAUGUGAUUAUCUGGAUUGUGACUUAAUCAUUAUUGAAUGAAAAUCUUCAUACGGAUGAGUACUGAAGACUAGACUAGUGUGAUGCGAAUAAUCAAACAUCAGUUCUGUUGCUUUGUAUAAUGCGAGCUGUAGAUGAACAAAUGUUGUGUAUAAAUAUCU